AAAAAGGGACUUGUCCCUCAAGUCGCCCAAAUAUUUCGCCGAUUUCUUCCAACUCCACAGUAGAAGAAGGGAAAACACUCUUGCCCAAAGCAUCUAGAGAGAGAAACAGGAGGAGAGAGAGAGAGAGAUCAAGAAGAAGAAGAAGAAGAUAAUCAUGGAGUGCGUGUUCGGACUGGUCGGAAACGGAUUCGCGGUGGUGGCGGCGGACACAUCGGCGGUGCACAGCAUUCUUGUCCACAAGUCCAACGAGGACAAGAUUAUGGUCCUCGAUUCCCACAAGCUCAUCGCCGCCAGCGGCGAGUCCGGCGACAGGGUUCAAUUUACUGAGUACAUACAGAAAAACGUGGCCUUGUACCAGUUCCGUAACGGGAUUCCCCUGACCACCGCCGCCGCCGCUAACUUUACCCGGGGCGAGCUCGCCACUGCUCUACGAAAGAACCCCUACUUCGUGAAUAUCCUUUUGGCUGGCUACGACAAGGAGACGGGCCCAUCACUCUACUACAUCGACUACAUUGCCUCACUCCACAAGGUUGAGAAGGGAGCAUUCGGUUAUGGGUCCUACUUUUCGCUCUCCAUGAUGGACAGACACUACCAUACUGGGAUGUCAUUAGAAGAAGCAAUCAAUUUGAUUGAUAAAUGCAUAAUUGAGAUUCGAUCCAGGCUGGUUGUGGCGCCACCAAACUUUGUGAUCAAGAUUGUUGACAAGGAUGGAGCAAGGCAGUAUGCCUGGCGUGAAUCCAUCAAGGAUGCUAGUGCUGUUCCUACGGCUUGAGACUUUAGCGUUAUCACCAGACUUUCUUUUGUUAUCUCAUUUUUAAUGUUCUGGGUGCUUAUUUUAAACGGCGAACAAAAAGGAACUGAUAUCUUUGUCUAAACUAAAAUGCCGAAAAGUAACUUUGUUUUUGUUGGAAUUUCUGAUUAUGCUGAAGUAGUUGAAAUCUGGGUGAGUUGUUGAAUA